ACGGCGGCGGCCUCGUCCGAGGCUCGGCCUGUCUGCCUGGACUGCCAGCGCCUCCCCGAGCAGGCGGGGCCAACCCGUGCCGCGUGGCUAUGGAGGUCAACGGCGACCACGUCACCAUGUACGGCCUCGCCGCCGAGCACACGCUGCAGGACGGAGUGCGGUGGAACGGCGAGGCGGGCGCCACCUACUUCUACCAGUUCGAGUUUCCCUACGACGUGGACCAGUCGUACGGCGACGCCGGGUACGUGGGUUACAGGGUCAACUCGUCCGUUAAGCAGCACCAUGCUUGGGGAGUUGGCGUCUACCACUUCUUCCGCGACCACCCCGUGGUGGUGAAGAGUGCGAUCUCGACCCCCCCAGCCGUGCAGGACUCGUUCGUCUCCCCCUUGUCUGUGUACUUGAACGGCAAGGGAAGGGUGCAGCACGUGAUCAACGACGACGGCGGGUCUACGUACACGCAGGAAGUAGCAGCCCAUCAUGUCAGCUGGUGGUGUGGCGACGAGGCGCCGGCGCCUGCGCCGCCGUCGCUGGCACCGGCGGCGCCCGCGCGGGCGUCGCCUGCGCCGUCGCGGCUGGCACCAGCGCCCGUCGCGAAACCGCAAAAGGCGAACUACUCCUGCCGCGUGGGCGAGGCUGUCUUAUGUCCAGGGGCGCCGGGGGUGUACUGCGCCGGCAACCAGUGCUGUCCCCCACGGGCACCACCUGCCCGUCGGCCGAGGCGGGCUACGCGGCCUGUUACCACCCUAAGGAGGCGGACUGCACGGGCCCGGCGAGUGCGCUCGUGUACAUGUAGCCGCUGCUGUGGCGUUUUGGCCAUGGUAAUCGUUUUUGUUCCCCUCCGUUCUCCUCAUUUCCCGCCUCUGAGAUAACCCCCCCCGACGAUCGGUUUGAAGCGCGUGCUGCGCGCGGCCACGCGUGCCAACGCGCGGCCGUGAUCGAGUUUUCGCGCGGUCGGCCUAACACAGAUGGCGGCCAGGACACUCCAGGAGCAUCAAUCCAUCGGCCGCAUCGUUGUCGCGGCCUCUAGCCACAACCAUGGUCGUGCUCAUCGUUUCCGUGGUCUCCCUGCAGCGGCGCCGCCCGCCACCGUGUGCAGUUUUUGGGUCCGGCGGCUUUGUUUCGCGUGGUUCUGACGAGAUCGCGGGCCAUAGCUCCACCACCAAGAAUGGUGCUGUUACUCCUUGCCCCUGGCGCGCAUACGACCACAAUAUGGUGACCUCUUGCGUGCAUGCGACCACCAUGGCUCGUCAGACGGUGAUUGUUGCUGAUACGGCUGCGACGGUCACGCUACCAGGUCGGAGCAGUUUUGCUACCAAUGCCGCCACACGCGCCCAUGCCGAUUCAGAGCGUGUCGGGGAUGUCCAAGCCCAUCCCGCCAGAUAUCUGACAGUGGUGUCAUAUGUGGGCCACAAGGUGUUGAAGACACAAUGCGAUUA